UCGAAAAUAUGUUUUCAGUGUAGGAAAAUUAUUACUUAUUGAAACCAUGAAAUAGGAGUUGUGUCUCCAAUUUUAUUGGUGCUGACUUUCAGAAAUUAUAAAAAGAUUUAAAAUUGAGAAAAGUUGAGUAGUUAAGCUAAACUGGGAAUGAUGUUAAAGUUUGAGAUAUUUUUAAUAGUUUUGUCAAAUUAAUCAAAAAUAAUUUUUUUAAAUUUUUCAUUUCAACCAUAAUUUCAUUCUUAAGUGGACUGAAGACAGUAUAUUUGAACAAUGGUAUAUAAAUCAUUCAAGUCAUUAAGGUAGAACUUCCUUGCUAGUUGUAAAAACAAAUAUAUUUUAGGAUGUGUGUAUAGGCAUUGAUUACCAAUUUGAAGAGGUAAUUAUCCCUAUACAAAUCAAUAGUUAGGGACCUGACUUGGAGUACUAUGUACACUUUUACUUUACUUACUGAAUGGAAGUUAAUGGAAAGGGUUCAGAAGAGAGCUACUACACUAAUUCUGGAGAUAAAGGGCUGUAUUACAGGGAUAGGUAAAGAUAUAUUAAUUCAUUUUCUCUGUAGAAAUGGAGAAUAAGAGGUGAUGUUACUGAAUUUACAAGAUUAUCUGAAGUAUCAAUAAGGUAAAAGUUUAAAGGCCUUUUAUUUCUUUGUACUGUAUUCUGAAGAUAUUAGGAUGAAAGUUUACAAGUUUAAGACUUGGCUCCAGUUAAGACAGUUGUACUUUGUAACAGGGUGACUGACUUACAGAAUAUGUUGCUUUUGGCAAUAGUGGAUGCCAGCACUUUGAAAGAGUUUAUAGGGAAAUGAAUUAGUUCCUGAUAAAUAAAUGGUGGGUUUAAAUGUUUACUUUCUUCAAGGGUGGGUGUACAAGGGCAACUUUGAAAGACUAAAUGUUCUCUUUUUUUUUACCAUUGAUUUUUAUAAAUAUAGAAUUAUUCAAGAACAUAUUGACUUUCAGGAAGUUUUUGUUAAAUUGAAGCUUUAAAAAUUUAUUAGGAAGUUGGAUAUAUAUUGAUUUGGUAUAAAAGUUAAGAAGUAAGUACAAAUUUGGCUUGAUUAUAGAAAGCAACAAGUGAUGUUAGAUGUGAUUUUUCUUAUUGGGAGAAUGUGACUUGUAAACCCCUCAGGUAUGUUUUGGAACAUAUACUUAUUAUUUAGGUCAAUAUCUUGGAUAGUUUCUUGAACAAUUAGAUUUCUAAAUUUGUGAAUGACUGUGAUAUCCCUUGUACUUAAUGGCAUUGGAAAACAAAGGAACAUAUAUCAACUUGGGGCACUAGAACUAUCCAGAAAGAGACCUGCUUCAACUUCAAAGUGUGGCAUCUUGUAAAAGACAAGAAUCUAAUAACACGAAGGUCAUUGGUAGAACCAUCCACAUGCCCAGGGAAAUAGUAUGCAUUAUAAAGAAUGAUUUAUAUCUGGAAAAGUGACACAAGCUGCUUCUACAAACCAGGAAAGGAAGACCAACUGUAUAAAACAGUAAUUAGGCAGGGAAAAAUGGCAGUACAUGGUGACAUUCAAAGAUGUAUAUGUGUACCUGGAUAAUUGUAACAAGUCAGGAGUGAAGAGGAUGGGUAACUAUUGAAACAUAAGAGUGGUUUUCCCGAGGACCCUGGAUCAGUCUCAACAAAAAUGUUUUUAAAUGUGUCAAGCUCAAACCAUCUUUACUCUUCCAGUCAAUAGUCAAGUGUCCAAUCAUGUCAGGACACUUCUGCUACCCAGCCAGCCAGUUCAAGACGUAGCUCUUCUUUCUGUCAUUCCCAGUGAAUCUGGAGGACAUGAUUCUGCACCAGCAUUUAAUAUUGGAGCUCUGUCACAUAACCAAUAUCAUGUUAUGACUCCUGACAUGCAAACAGUCAUGCCAAUCCCAGUGAAUAGAGACCAUGCUCAACCUAUACUCUUUCCUGCUGUUAGCUCAUCAGUGGACCCUAGGAGUCAGCUUCAGACUAUUCUCAUGUCUAACAAUAACAUAGUGUUGGGCUCUAGGAAACAAGUACAGACUGUGCUGGUUCCAAAUAGUGGUGGUGGGAAUAGUAUCCAACAGCUCCAAACAGCCUUAUUGUCUGAAAACAUAGUGUUGGACUCUAGGAAACAAAUCCAGACACUUCUGGUUCCUAGCAAUGGUGGAAGGAGUAGUAUUCAACAGCUUCAGACAGCUUUAUUGUCUGAAAACACUAUUGUAUUUGACCCUAGGAAGCAAGUCCAGACCCUCUUGGUUCCUAGUAGCAUUGGAGGAAAUAGUAUUCAAGAACUCCAACCAAUUGUGUUGCCAGUUAAUAGCAGUAUUGCAAAGUCUGGUCAACAGGUACAAACAAUAAUUGUUCCUGCCAACAGAGCUCUUCCUAGCCAAGGAACUGUUUUUCAGACAGUUAUAGUGCCAUCUACAGAUGUAGAGGCUCAGCCUAAUCACUCUGCACAUGCUUUUGUUUUACCUGAUAUAAACACCCUAAGUCAUAUCCAGGCUGUUUCUCCUAAUGCAGCAUCUGUGACAGACUCCAGCUGUCAGUUUCAAGUGUUGCUGACUCCAUCUGCCACAGAAUCUCUAGAAGUGAUCCAGCAACAAAGAAACGUAGUAGCAAUCCCAGUAUCAGAAGUGCUAGUUCCUAGUUCUAAUACCACUUCAGAAGCAUUGACUUUGUUGGCUGACUCCCAGUCUGUUUCAAAUAACCUGCUGUUUUACUUACCCCAGGAAGGAUUGGUUGUUGAAGUGCCUAAUUCCCAUAAUGAAGAACAAGCACGCCAGUGGUAUCAGGAUUCAGAAAUAGUUUGUCGAGGACUUGCAGCCUUGAGACAAGUGUUACCACAGUUACUUAGCUUUGAGAAUAUAACCUUGAAUAGCCCAACAGGGACCUCACCACAACAGACUUUCCAAACUAGCCCUGUAGAUAUGGUAUGUCAAGAGGAACCAGCAAUAGCAGAUGAAAACAUCCAGAAUGUUGGUUAGUUUUGGAUAUGAGGCUUGCAUUAACAGUGUAAUGAGAUUCUUGAAGAAUGGGCUGUGUUAGUCUUUCUAUGUGAGUACCAAAUAAAUGCAUUUACAGAGAGAAAAAAAUCAUUUUUUUUAAGAAGAGAACUUGUCCUUCACUAAAUAACUGUGACAUUAUGUAAUGAGACUCAUGCAGAACUUAAUUAAACAAGAAAACAGCUUAAAGAGUAUUUUUGUAUCAUUAUAAAUAUAUAUAUAUAUAUAUGUAUGUGAAUGAUCAUGAUUGUUUUUUAAGCCAUAUAUAUGCAAAUAAGAACUUUCUUGAUAAUUCAUAUAAAGGUAGCAGUUGAUAUAUACUUGUAAAUAAACCUAUUAUGUUCUUGCAAAUUUUUGCAGAUUUAACUUAAUACCACAUGUUAUAUUUUAUUGAUUUCAGAAAAUAAGGCAGUUAAUGAUACAUAUUUGAUUGAUAUUCUAAUUAUUUCUUGUAAUUUUUUGCAGAUUUAACUUAAUACUACAUA